AUGGAGGUAUAAUACUCUUUAUAUGGCUCUAUGUAGAACAUCACUAUAGAGGUAUAAUACUAUUUAUAUGGCUCUAUGUAGAACAUCACUAUAGAGGUACACCUAGGAAUCUUGGAAUGAGGACUGCUAUGUGUGUUAUCUGGUGGAGAACUGAGCAGGAGACACAUUUCUGCUGUUCGCUGUAACAAAUGGACAAUAAAGUUGUACUGUAUUGUAUUAUUGUAUUGCCCUGACCUCUGACCUUGUAUCUCCCCCACAGUGAGAGUCCGUAGUGUCAGCACAGAGCCAUAGAGGAAGUGGACAACGAGGAAAAAAGACCAGCAAAGAUUGUUCUCUGCCAAACUGAAAGGGAGUUUUCCUCCAUCUCUGUCGCCGAGGGAAACGGUCAUUAGGGGCCAUGAGUUGUUGCUGGAGCUACCGUCAUUGUAUCCCUCCGACACGGAACACUUAAAAUGGGGUCUAUGUUACCAGCUACCAUGGCUGCCAAGCGGCAAGCCAUGCUCUAAUCGCCUAGGCAACAACCUAUCUGUGACCUACGACUCCCUGUCUCUACUUCCUGCUCUGGCCACACCCCUUCCUUACCUGUCAACCAACCUGAUUUCAAACUUGCCUGCUUCAUUUCCUAAUAUUCUCCCCUUUCACUUAAUUUCUUCAGAAGAUAACCCCUCCUAUCCUCCCUUCCUCCCUAACCAUGGCCAACAGGUUUCUCCACCUCCCCUCCAUCCCGCUCUCCCUAUCCCUCUCUCCAUCCAUCUUCCUCUACCUUCUCCCCCCAUUACUUCUUCUCCUCCACCUCCCUGGGUCCGUCCGGGGGGACUGCUGGCUGAUCGAGGGGGAUAAAGGCUACGUGUGGCUGGCCAUCUGCAGUCAGAACCAGCCCCCGUACGAGACCAUCCCCCAGCACAUUAACAAUACGGUCCAUGACCUGAGGUUGAAUGAGAACAAGCUGAAAGCAGUGCUAUUCCACUCCAUGUAUCGCUUCACCAACCUCACGGACCUCAACCUCACCAAGAAUGACAUCUCUUACAUAGAGGACGGGGCCUUUACCCAUCAGGCCAACCUACAGGUCCUCCAGUUAGGUUACAACAAGCUGACCAACCUGACAGAGGGGAUGAUGCGUGGCCUGGGCCGCUUGCAGUGCCUCUUCCUCCAGCACAACCUCAUUGAGGUCAUUGACAACAAAGCAUUCGAGGAGUCCAGCUCCAGCCUCAGCAGCAUUGACCUCUCGUCCAAUAAGCUGGCCCGGAUCGAUCCGUCAACUUUCACCGUGCUAAACCGGUUAAUGGUCUGCGAGCUAGCAGGAAAUCCUUUCCAUUGUGGAUGUGAUCUGUAUAGUUUUCUUACUUGGUUGGAGGCAUUUAAUAAUGUGACACAUACAUACGACAGGCUGCAGUGCGAGACCCCUGGCGAGCUGUUUCUCUACCCGCUCCUGAGCCCCGUGGCCGGGCACGGACGCAGCGCUCGCACCAUGCUCUCCACCAUCUGUCGCGACGGCAUGAUCAUACCCGGGAUCACGUCUCAACCCGGCACCGACUGGGAGGGCUCCGGGAUGGGCCCGGAGAUGGACGGCCGGGCCGGGCCGUAUCAUCAACCAACAGCUUCGUCCACGGCCGACCCUAACUUCAACCCUAGCAUCAAACUCCAGUGGGUCACUCUGUCUGCAGCCAAGCUGUUGGUCCAGAUCCCUAAACCAUACAGCAAGAUGUACGUCCUGGUCCAAUACAACCAGAGCUUCGUCUCGGACAUCCAGAACCUCAAGGAGAAGAAGGAGAAGGUGACGUUGGUGGAUCUGAAACCUCACACCAACUACACCUACUGCGUGGUGUCUAUAAGUAAAAACCAGCGCAACAACCACACGUGCAUCUUCUUCGCCACGCGAGAGGCUGACCCUGACGACCACCACGCCAACCCGUCAACCAUGACGCAUUACAUCAUGACCAUCCUGGGGUGUCUGCUGGGGAUGGUGAUCGUGCUCGGGCUCGUCUACUACUGCCUGAGGAAGCGUCGGAUGCAGGAGGAGAAGGAGAAGGCGAUCAGCGUGAAGAAGACCAUCUUGGAGAUGCGGUAUGGACCGGAGGCUGCAGCACAGGCAGCUAACGACCCGGCAGCCAUGCAGCAUCUCCAGGAACAGGCUCAGAACCAGGGGCACCACGGAGGUCACCUCCACGGAGGAGGGGGUGGCGGGGGUAAUAAACUUCCUCCCUCCACCUCCUCCAGCUCCGGAAUGCUCCACGGUUCGGCCAACACCACCUCCUCCCGCCUCUCGACGCUCCCCCAAGUGGAGAAGAUGGCCACAGCGUUCGGUGAAGCCAUGGCAACAAAUAAAGGGAACUAUAUGGACGUGAGGACUGGGGCAGGAUUAUCGGGAGACAGGGGAGGAGGAGUAGGGGGAGAGGCGAUACUGGUGGAUAUGCGAGGCAUCAAUGGUUGCAGUGAAGACGGAAUGGACGUUGGGAAUGAUUCGGAUGACGAUGGGCACGGAUCUGCAUCGGAGAUCUCGACGAUUGCCAUGGAGGUCGACAAAGUCAACCAGAUUAUCAACAACUGUAUCGACGCGCUCAAGUUCGACUCCCUUGUUGCCACGACAACAUCUGGCGACAACCCUACUUCUCCUCCACCUGUUUGUAUCACCUCCCUUGCUCGGAACCUCAUCCCCCUCUCCCAAGGCCUCGCUGACACCUGCCAGAUGCUCGCCUCCUCUCCCAAAAUCCAUGCCCCUCCCACGAUGACCCCCGUCCCCCUCGUCAUGCCCCUCUCGGAGCGUCCCGGAAUCAGCGGAGGGGGGUUUCUCUCGCCCCCCUACAGGGACCCACCACCGGCGAAUGCCGUACGACCCUUACAGAGGCAGCUGAGCGAUACAGGUGUGGUGGUCAUGGGUGCUGGGAAGAACCGAUGUAACGUGUCCUCGGCUGGAGGAUCCAUGAAGAGCACCAGGAUCUUCAGUCUGGAUGUCCCGGAGCCCCGCAGCCCAGGCCCCAACUCCUGCCCUCCAUACCCAGAGAAGGGAAGCCCUGUUGGGUGUGGGGAAACCAUGGAGAGGCUCCCUCUUGUGGGUGGAAAUGGUAGUGGUUGUGGUAGUGGUGGUGAUGGAAACGGGAUGGGUUGUGGUGGUGGGAACGGAAUGGGAGGAGGGGUUAAUGAAGGUGGGGUGAAUGUCAAUGGAGGUGGGGUGGGUUGCGGAGGGGGAGGAAGAGGAGGGGGAGGACCGGGAAAGCAGCAGCAGCAUCAUCAUCUGGAGGUACAUCCAGACUACCACUGUUCUGAGCACAGGCACUCCUUCCCCGCCCUCUACUACGAGGGAGCCAACGACUCCCCCUCUCCCUCCCCAUCCCAGAAGGCCUCUUUCCUCAAACCCCUGGGACGUACCAAAAGGGACCCUGCCGCCUACUCCCAGCUCUCCCCUUCCCGGCACCACAACUACUCUGGCUACUCUUCCAGCCCCGAAUAUUCCUCGGAAAACACCCUUCGAAUCUGGGAGAGGUUCCGGCCACACAAGAAAGGCCCUCGCGACCCUCGCGAAGAGGCGACGUAUAUCGCUGCAGGCCACGCCUUGAGGAAGAAGGUUCAGUUUGCGAAAGACGAGGACCUCCAUGAUAUCCUCGACUACUGGAAGGGGGUGUCGGCCCAGCAGAAGCUGUGAGAGAUGAGGAAGAGGUGUAACCUAGAGGAUGGCAUACAGAAGGAGAAGACAGUGAUGUCAUAAUUCUCAAGAACUCCCAGACAGUGAAUGGACCUGAAUGACACAACUACAACUGUUGGCUCCCAUGUGUACUUCCUGGUCUCUUUUAUGACAUCAUCUGUCUUCUCAUUCUUUAACUUACCCUAGGAUGUUACAACAGCAGACUCUGACAGGAGGAUAGUCGUGGAAGUUAUGGGGGAGACAUUAUGUAGUAGUAGUAGUAGCAUGACAAGGGGUAUUGGGUUUUUUCUACAGUUCCACAAUGGAACUACAGGGGUUCCACAAUUCUUCAAGUCGUUCCACAGAAAUUCCACUGUUCCAUUGCGGGUUCCAUCAUGGUUCCACAAGAGUGCCACAGUUCUAUAAUGGUUCUACAGAAGUUCCAAAUUCCAUAAAGGGUUCUAUAAUGUAAUCUGUAAUAAUCUGUAACGGUUCCGUAGGGGUUCUAGAGUGGUUCUAGAAGUUUCAAAGUUCUACAUGGAGUUCCAUAAUGGUUCCACACUGAGCUUCUAAGUGGUUCCACAUUUGCCUGGCACUUUGGUCCUUGCAGACUACCAUAGAACGACAGAGCCAGGGUAAUGAUGACUCAGUAAUGACUGCAGAGUCUUGUCACUAGCAGGUGUCCUAAGACUCAUUACAACAUAUCUCCCAACAACAAGCAGCAGCAUUACUCGGCUUAAACCCUGGUCCCUUAAACAGCACAGCUCAUAAUCCCAUCAACAUUCAAUUCAUUCACUAAACACUGGAUGCAUCCCAAGUGGCACCCUAUUCCCUAUUUUGUGCACUACUUUUGACAAGGGCCCACAGGGUUCCCAUAGGGCUCCGGUCGAAAGUAGUGAACUAUAUAGGGAAUAGGGUGCCAUUUGGGACGCAGAUCAUUUCACUCUGCAGCCCACCACCUGCCUCCCUAGCAGCGCCAUUUAGAGAGAUAAUUGAAAGGGGAUGAGGAAUUAGCAGUGUUUGCCUCAAUUUCUUCUUCCUUCGGAGGAGGGGGGAGAGAGGAGGGAGGAUGGAGGGGAGAAGGAGGACAAGGAAGAGGGGGAGGAUAUUAAGCGAUUCUUAUCGUGUUAAUUGUUCUCGGCUGUAGUUAGCCCAGGAACAAAACAGGUGGAGAUGCUAGCGUGGGUGGACACACGAGAGGUGUGUGUGUGGACGGUGGGAACCAGGCCCUGAAGCCCCUCUCUGUGUUUAGCAGGAGCGUGCUUAUCGAUUGGAAACACCUACACGUUUUACAGAGUGUGGCAUGCUAUUGGGGCGCUCCGCCAUUUUGUUUUCUCCUUCUUCUUGGCCUUUACUAAAUCAGACAUGUGGAUUGAGCAGAUACAUUGCAUUCAGAUAGUAAACAAGGAGGAAGGGACGUUUACACACACGCAGAUUACUAUGUUCAGAUUACUAUGAAGUAAGCCAUUUUCCAGACCUACUUGCUAACAUUUCCCUGGCUUCGAGACAAUUUGUUAUUUACAGGUAUUGCAUUUUUUUCUUUUGAUAAGAAAGUCAAAGCUUCCUUCAGGAGAAGAUUAAAAUUAGCAUUUCAAUAGUGCUAGUCAUGCAAAAAGCACUUUAGGCUGGGUUAGGAGAGGUGGAGAGAGAUGAGUGUUGGCUCCCGUAUUAAAGCAGAAGGUAAUCAUGUCAGGGUAGAGAGAAGGUUCCUAGCGGAACACACAGACCUCACACAAGAAGUUGCAGCUGAAAUGAAAGACAAUUCUAGUAUGGUGAUGUUUAGAAAAGCUAGAGUUCGCAAGGGUUCAUGGUCUAUUUUAGAGGGAGCGAGAGCGCGAGCGAGAGAGAGAGAGAGAGAGAGAGAGAGAGAGUGCAAGAGCGAGAGAGAGAGAGAGAGAGAGAGAGAGAGAGAAAGAGAGAGAGGGAGAGAGAGAGAGAGAGAGAGACAGAGAGAGAGAGAGAGAGAGAGAGAGAGAGAGAGAGAGAGACAGAGAGAGACAGAGAGAGAGAGAGAGAGAGAGUGCAAGAGCGCGAGAGAGAGAGAGAGAGAGAGAGAGAGAGAGAGAGAGAGAGAGAGAGAGAGAGAGAGAGAGAGAAAGAGAGAGAGAGUGCAAGAGCGAGAGAGAGAGAGAGAGAGAGAGAGAGAGAGAGACAGAGAGAGACAGAGAGAGAGAGAGAGAGAGAGAGAGAGAGAGAGAGAUGGAUCUCUAUGGAGAGGUCAACGAGAUCAUAUAGCAGAGACAUAGAUAUCAAGAGUUAGUAAAAAAUCGAUCUUCAAUGUUGGCAGCAAAUGUUCCAUACAAAAAACAUAUUGCCAAAUAUGCUAUUUAUAGUGGCAAUAUAUGAACAUAGCCCAAUUGUUAUAUUUUGUAUUGGUCUUUUGACCAAUCAUAUCAGCUCUUUUCACAUCCGAUUUUUUAGAUCCGAUCUGAUUUGAGAAAAUACAAAUUAGUGACAAAUAAAUAUCAUAAUUGUGUUUCCUGUUUAAACGCAGACUCUGCCUGGUUUCUGGUCUAUAUGGAGGUGACAGAGGUUAUACAGUGCCUUGCAAAAGUAUUCACCCCCUUGGCAUUUUUCCUAUUUUGUUGCAUUACAACCUGCAAUUUAAAUAGAUUUUUACUUGGAUUUCAUUUAAUGGACAUACACCUAAUAGUCCAAAUUGGUGAAGUGAAAUGAAGAAAAAAAACUUGUUUAAAAAAAAUAAAACAGAAAAGUGGUGCGUGCAUAUGUCUUCACCCUCUUUGCUAUGAAUCCCCUAAAUAAGAUCUGGUGCAACCAAUUACCGUCAGAGUCACAUAAUUAGUUCAAUAAAGUUCACCUGUCUGCAAUCUAAGUGUCACAUGAUCUGUCAUAUGAUCUCAUACCUGUUCUGAAAGGCUCCAGAGUCUGCAACACCUCUAAGCAAGGGGCACUAUGAAGACCAAGGACCUCGCCAAACAGGUCAGGGACAAAGUUGUGGAGAAGUACAGAUCAGGGUUGGGUUAUAAAAAAAUAUCCAAAACUUUGAACAUCCCACGGAGCACCAUUAAAUCCAUUAUAAAAAAAAUGGGAAGAAUUUGGCACCAUAACAAUCCUGCCAAGAGAGGGCCGCCCACCAAAACUCACGGACCAGGCAAGGAGGGCAUUAAUCAGAGGCAACAAAGAGACCAAAGAUAACCCUGAAGGAGCUGCAAAGCUCCACAGCGGAGAUUGGAGUAUCUGUCCCUAGGACCACUUUAAGCUGUAUACUCCACAGAGCUGGGCUUUACGGAGGAGUGUCCAGAAAAAAUAAUCAACAUGUUUGGUGUUCGCCAAAAGGCAUGUGGGAGACUCCCCAAACAUAUGUAAGAAGGCAUUCUGGUCAGAUGAGACUCAAAUUGAGCUUUUGACCAUCAAGGAAAACGCUAUGUCUGGCGGAAAUUCAACACUUCUCAUCACCCUGAGAACACCAUCUCUACAGUGAUGCAUGGCGGUGGUAGCAUCAUGCUGUGGGGAUGUUUUUAAUUGGCAGGGAUUGGGAAACUGGUCAGAAUUGAAGGAAUGAUGGUUGGCGCUAAAUACAGGGAAAUUCUUGAGGGAAACCUGUUUCAGUCUUCCAGAGAUUUGAGACUGGGACGGAGGUUCACCUUCCAGCAGGACAUUAACCCUAGGCAUACUGCUAAAGCAACACUUGAGUGAUUUAAGGGGAAACAUUUUUAAAUGUCUUGCAAUGGCCUAGUCAAAGCCCAGACCUCAAUCCAAUUGAGAAGCUUUUGCCUUGAAGUAUGGGCAAAAAUCCCAGUGGCUAGAUGUGCCAAGCUUAUAGAGACAUAUCCCAAGAGACUUUCAGCUGUAAUUGCUGCAAAAGGUGGCUCUACAACGUAUUGACUUUAAGGGGGUGAAUAGUUAUGCACACUCAAGUUUUCUGUUUUUUUGUCUUAUUUCUUGUUUGUUUUGCAUCUUCAAAGUGGUAGGCAUGUUGUGUAAAUCAAAUGAUACAACCCCCCACAAAAAGCCAUUUUAUUUCCGGGUUGUAAGGCAACAAAUUACGAAACAAUCAAGGGUAUUGAAUACUUUCGCAAGCCACUGCACAUGUCAAUUGUGCCCCUCUGCUAACAGAGGAGUGGAGCCUACUAUAGAUCAACAUGCUCUCGUAACAUGGAUACACUGACAGGAGUGGAGCCUGCUAUAGAUCAACAUGCUCUCGUAACAUGGAUACACUGACAGGAGUGAACAGAGACGGUUUUGCUCAUCACUGUACAGUAGGUGGUCCUUUCUAUGCUGUUCUCUGAAUGGCAAACAUGGAAAUUGAAUUUGAAUAACGUGGAUGGGACUUUAAAAGGGGGGGG